AAGGUUAUUCCUUAACCCUGUAUGGUAUCAUGUAUAUUUAAAUAUACAAAUAUCAAACAAUUUGUCCUUUGCGUCUUAUGACCCGCAAGUCGAAGCUACACAGUGUAUAUCUGAAUAUACACGUGUGAUCGAUCGUUUUCGGUAGAUUUCGUUGGUAAAUCACCCACUUCGGGCAGUUAUUUCAGUCUGUACGGAAAGUGUCGUGCUGUUUGGACGCCGCCGGUAAACACGUGAUAUCAAAUAACAUUAUUAGUGUGUUUUGUUGGCAGAAUUGAGCAUACAUUUUUUUUGAAUACUUAUUGAGGCCACUGACGUCACUGUAUAUUUGAAUGUACAUUGUUCAAUUCUGGUUUCGACUUUACAGAAAUUAUGGAUCCAAAAAUAUUUUAUGGAAAAAAGGAACAUGUUACAGUAUUAGUACCGGACUUGGAUAGUGAGGAGGAUUUCGAUAGUGAUGAUAGCUUAUUAGACGAAACAUAUAAACCCACUUUGCUAGAUUAUGUUGAAGAGGAUUUAUUGGAGAGCAGUAGUGGAGAGGAAAGUAAUGCUGACAACCAAGGAAACAACAAUGAGGAAAGGAAUAAUCUAGGUAGCUGGAAUGAAGAUGACGAGAUCCCUCUCAGACAACUUCGAGAUAAGAUUCUCCGUGUGUCUGCUGUUUCUGUUCAAGGUGGGGUCAAAAACAUGAAAAUCAAGAAGGCUCCCUUGAAAUGGCAAAGCUCUAAUAAGGAGCCCAGUGAUUUGCCAACUUGGAAAGCUCAACUACCCUCUCAGACAUCUGUAGAGACACCAUUGCAUUAUUUUUACAAAUUAGUCGAUAAGGAGUUGUUGGAAUACAUAGUAGAACAAACGAACCUAUAUGCGGCACAGAAGGACAUAGGUCUAAAUUUCUGCAUGGAUUCCAAAGAGCUAGAGCAAUUUAUUGGCGUUUGUUUCUAUAUGUCACUGAUUACAGUGCCUGGGACCAGAAGAUACUGGAGCAGUGCCUGCAGAGUGUCUCAAGUGGCAGACGUAAUGCCUCUUCGGAGGUGGGAACAAAUAAAAAAGUUUCUGCAUUUUGCAGAUAAUUCUACAUUGCCAGUUGAACCACCAGAUCGUCUUUUCAAAAUCAGGAAGCUCGUGGAGAGUAUAAGGAAAAAUUUGAGACUAAUUCCCAUGGAACAGCACCUUUCUGUCGAUGAGCAGAUAAUACCGUUCAAAGGCCGUAGCUCCCUGAAACAGUACAAUCCGAAAAAACCAAAAAAAUGGGGUUACAAAAUAUUUUGUUUGGCAGGUGCUAGUGGUAUUGUCUACGACUUUGAAUUUUACUGUGGGGCCACGAAUCAACCGGAAAAUCUACCGGAUAUAAGUGCUAGUAGCAAUAUAGUGAUUCGACACUAA